UUAGCUAGAGGGCACUAUUGGGUUACGGUCGUCACUGGUCACAUAUUUCCCGGUGAGGAGGAUCGGAUUAGUUCCCAGGCCCCUCGCAGUGCGCAGUUCAAAUCACAGAGAGGGAAAAAGGGAGAGUCCCACACACAACAUUGCAGUGCAACGACACUACACUGUCGAGUCCACCUCGCUUUACGAUCUCCGCCAACAUCAAGGAGCAUACAUUUCAUAUGUUCAACUAUCAAGUGUUCAGAAGAGCAACACUAUUGUUCUGACUGUGACCAAUCUACUUGUGAAAUAUGACCUCCUUUUGGAGCCACCAGAUUUUGUAACCAAUGGCAACAGUCCAGGCUCUAUCUUUGACCCGUGAUCCCAGCAAGAGCUUCGGUGGCGACCCUUACUCCACCCUUCCCCUGGCCUCAGCCCGUUGCAUCAUGGGAAGUGUAGGCAGCCUGAUCGAGAGGCCGGACGUCUCUCCAAACAAGGGCAGCCGCGCAAUGCCCCAGGUGCCCCCUCGCCAUAGCAACGGCCUGCUGAAGAAAGGCUUCAACCAGAGGGAGCUGCUGAAUUACCUGAACAUCGCCAAGAAGGAGCCGAAGGGAGGCAAACACAUCAUCUCCUCCGGGGUGUCCUCCAUCAAGAGGGAGCAUGGCCACGAGGAGGAGAACCUCUACUCCAAGGUCUACCACAAGGACGGCAAGGAGGUGGACAUGGGCAAAAACUCCUUGCCCAUGGGGGGCAAGUUUGACAAGUCUCGUCUCAGGCCGUCCGCCUUCAAGCCCGUCACGCCCAAGAACUUCAGCUCCAUGCAGAACCUCUACCCGGCCAAGGACAGUCCGGAUGCGGCGCCGAGCAACGGCAUGCGCCCGUCCUACAUCAAGGUGGCGUCCAAGUCACUGUCCAGCGCGUCCUCGUCCUCGUCGUCACCCUCACGCCAUCACAGCAAGGCCCCGCAGCCGGCGCGCCACCCGAGCCAGGAGGAGGAGGAGAACGCGUCCGACUCGGGUCACCACUCGCUGAGCAGUCUACUGCCCCCGUUCCGCCCACCCUUCCGCCCCCACCUGGGGCAGAUCAGCGUCUCCAUGGGCCACAUCGACCACAUCGGCUCGCUGGACCGCAACUCGGCCGGCUCGCGGGGUGCGCUCUCCACGGCCACCGAUGCCUCGCUGCCGGGGCCCGGCUCCGGGGCGGCGACGCUGGGCCGUCUCCGUGGAUACGGGAGCGAGGCCCCGCCCCCCUACGAACUGUCGAUGUCAAUGGAGGACGUGGUGCGGGACCUGGAGGAGAGACUGAUUGAGAAGGACCACGAGCUCAGGCAUAUGCGCCGCAACCUGGAUGAGAGCGAGGACGCUAUCGCACAGUCUCCCAUGUCCUGCCUGGCGCAGGUGUUCGAGGAGAAGCAGCGUCUGUGGGAGCGGGAGGUGGAGGAGCUGAAGCGCCUGUACGCCGCCAAGCUGCGGCAGGUGUCGCAGCAGGCCCAGCGCGCGCAGCGCGGCCUGCAGCUGCAGCUCUACAAGGCGCAGCAGGAGCGCGGGCGCCUGCAACAGGAGGCCGAGGGACUCCGGGCCGAGUGUCAGAGCCUCAGGAGGGCAGGAGGAGGAGGAGGCCGCAGCAGCAGCAGCGGGGAAGGACGAGCACAGGAAAACAACCCCCAGCUGGAGGAGACGCAGUGGGAGGUGUGCCAGAAGACGGGCGAGAUCUCUCUGCUCAAGCAGCAGCUGCGUGACUCGCAGGCGGAGGUGGCACGCAAGCUGAGCGAGAUCUUCCAGCUGAAGACGGAGCUGCGCGGGGCUCGCGCCGACACGCGCACCAAAGACGGCCAGGUGGAGGCGCUGCAGCUCGCCCUGCAGGCCGCGGCAGCAGCCAGGCGCAAGGUCGCCCGCAACAGCGACAACACCAACAACGUCGGUGCUGACCACCGAGGCAGCUCCGAGGAGACUUUCGGCGGGACGGGAUCGGGAUCGUCCGGUGCCACGGAGGACCGCCUGCGGGCGGAGCUGCUGCUGGAGAGGCGGCAAAACGAGGCGCAGGCGACGGCCUUCGAGGCGGAGCGGCACACCUGGCAGACUGAGAAGGAGAAGGUGAUCCGGUACCAGCGCGAGCUCCAGGCCAGCUACCUGGAGAUGUACCACAAGAGCGAGGCCCUGGAGAGGGAGCUGCGCGAGCUGAGGGGGGGCCGCGGGGAGCUGGGGGUCGGAGGAGGAGGAGGAGGAGCAGGAGGAGGUGUGGAUGGGGGGAGUUUAGACAGGUGCACGGUUGACAGGGGGAGAGAUUUGAUGGGCGAAGACGAGCUGCCCGCUGGUUUGCCUUGGAUCGAACGGAUCGAGUCGUCAGAGAUUUGAACGUAUACUUCCUUCUUUUGGGUAGUUUGGGGAAAAAGGGAACAAAGCCGGUGUCUAAAAUAUGAAACGACCAUAAUUCCAUGAGAAUUGGGCUCGUUAUGAGACUUGUCUUCCAUUCUAUCUUUAAAGAGCAUGUGGAUGUGCUCAGACUGUACUUUCCAUACUGAGGAUUGCUAAAUGUAUUUGUUCCCUUUUUUUGCUGUUUGACUAAUGAAACCAAAAUAUGUUCGGAGGGCCGGUCUGUGGAGUUUGUUUGCCAUUUGUUUCAAAAGGGGACCAAAUACCAGAGGAUAUAAAAAGGGACUUUGUUUUUCAAUAGCAUACAGGAUCCUCUUGUACUGUUUUCCUAAGACCGAGCUAUGGCGUCUGGAUAUAACAAAAGCCCAUCUUGUUAUCUCCACUAUCUCCUCCACACAAAUGAAUAGCCAUAAUUAGGUCAUAAAGACUCCUGAUUAGAUCAAUCCCCAGAGCUGUAUAGCCUCUGAGUGAUGCAUAAUGCUGUUUUGACUUGAAGUGCGCCUCUAGUUUUCCAGUGACUUCACAGUAGAUACCCAAGAACGGUUGUCUCUCAGAUUGUGCCCCAAGCAAUAAUCAAAUCACAUAAGUAUACCACGAACAGGGAGAAGACUUUAAUGUUCUUGAUUGUUCUUCGAUGAGUAAAGACUACAGACAAUGACUGUGGCAAGGUGCCCUCGUUUGGCUCAAACUUAUGCCCGUCUUCCUGCGAACAAGCAUGCUGCACUUUGGAAGAACCCCAGAGUUCUUCUCUUGGGACAUCUUGGAGAAAUGAAGAAGAGGGGGCUUGGAUUACACAUGAACUUUUCCCCUAGGAAUGACGGGCAUGAACUUCAGACUCCACUGGCCUCCUCUUAGCUCUUCUUGUUCUUCUUCUCCUUCACACGUUUCUCACUGUACCUUUCCCAGCCCAAACUACAUGCAUGAAAUGCGGGUAUCAUAUGACAAAUCCCCAGGAAUGACGUUGUGCAAUCUCGCAAGUUUGUGUUGUCGGCUAGUUGUGCGUAUGUGAAGAAUAAAUGACUGCAGGACUUUACUGGAACCAAAACAUCUAGUUGACAUGAUGUCCCUCCCUUCACUGCCUGAGAUAUCUGCUGUUUCCGUGGUUGUUGUAUCAACGGUUAAGGAUAAGGAGCUGAUACUGUGACUUGUGAAUAACUAAUGACACCGAAAAAUAUGUAUUUUAUGUAUUGAUUAUAAAUUUAUAUUCUACUGGUUAUCACAAGGUAUAUUGUAUAUAAAAUAGAAGUUUAGUUCAUAUGCUGUCAUAAUAUUACUUUCAAGUAUGUUGUUGUUCUUGUAAGGCCCAUUAAAAGCUUUAAAGCAAA